AUGCAGUGUCGACUCAAUCCAGCCUCGUCGUCAUGGCGUCUGACGACGCAUGAGCAGUUGUCGUCCAUCGAAGGUACAUGUUCAGACCCAUUGUCUUGUGGCAUAGGCGCCGUCGACUUCAUUCUUGCGGUAGGACGCGCUCUCGAUAAUCACCUCUUUUUUUUCCAGCUUGCUUCAUGUCUUUCUGGAACAGCCAGUCUCCACCGCAACACUCCUGACGUUGGUCGGCGCAAGAGCUGUCGCAAUGGUUCAAUGGUGCACAGACCUCCACGAAAACGACAAACGAUUGGCAGAUAUGAUCAAAUGUGA